AUGGAGAGCUCAGUACGGAAUAAAUCAAAUACCAUCAGCACUAUUAAUACAAUAAACACGACAUUUACACCAAAUAGACGAAUACCUAAUAACUACUACACACACUACAAUGACUUUAACAACCAAUUGCAAACACCCAAAUCAGCAACAUUACCAUCCUCACCCCCAUCAGACUUGUUAUCACAACACCCUGCAACCACUCCAAAUUUAUCUCUAAGAGAUAUCCCUACCUUGCAAGAUGUGAUUAUGAAUACUAAAUUUAAAGAUCAAUAUGAUGAAAAUAGUGAAUGUGAAGAUGAAUAUAUCAACUUGCACUCAUUUACCAAACACCUCACUCAGAUCCACUGCCAAGAAAACCUAGAAUUUAUAUUGGACAUUGACAAGUACUUGGUUUCACAAAAUAUAGAAUUAUGGCACGCCAUAUACCUGAAGUACCUCACACUGGACUCCAUCGACGAGAUCAACUUGCCUGCACACCUCACUAUCCAACUACACUAUGCACAAUUACCAUCACUCGAAUUGACCCACAAGUGCAGAAACUACAUCAAGAAUGAAAUACUACAAAGCCUAUACAAUGAAUAUGUACGAAAAGUUUUAAAACAACUGCCAAGUAUAUACCAAAAAAAAGAGAGAAGAGGAACUAGCAGUGAAGGCGGAGACAAAGGAGAAGGAGGAGAACGAGCAGCAGCAGCUACUACUAAUACUAGUAAUACUCACUUGAGACCAAUCAAUUGCGUAUUGCAAAAUGGUAUUGAUAACGAUUGUAAUACAAACACUACUCCUUCUUCCUCCUCCUCCUUAUGGUGUUGCAUGCAUCAACCACUGUUGCAAAGAGAAUUGUGCAGAACACAACACCAUAUACAAACAUUGAAAGAAAAUGGACAAGAUGUCGAUCUUCGAAAUAUGACAUUGACACCCCCACUAUCACCACCACCACCACCACUCCUAAUACCCCAAUCAUCAUCAUCAUCAUCAUCACAGCAGCAGCAGCAGCAACAACAACAACAGGAAAAGGAGAGUUUACACCGUAGUAAUGAUGUUGAUCAAGAUCAUGAUCACCAUCAUCAUCACCCACAGCGUCGUCAACACAUACACACAGCAUAUAUUGGAUACGACUACUACUCGAUCCCACAAACAGAAGAAGACCAACUCGUUUCUUCUUCAGGCUCCUCUUCAGACAACUUGCAUGCUAUAGAUACACAGGAAGAUGAGAUUAUGGAUAUACAGCCAAAGAGAAGAUCGUUUAGCUUUAAAGCCCCUCACCCAGGAAGCCAAGGAACUACACCAUCUACACUGAUGUCCAGAGGCGGAUCAAUCACCAGCUCAAUUGUUGACAAUUCUGUACAAUACUUUAAUAACAAGAUGAAAAAAUUUAGAAUCCGAAGAAGCAGCCAAGAAGAGUAA